AAAACUUUUACUAAAAUUAUGAGAGAAAAUACUUUGGAUGAAAUUGAUAGUGGUGCAAACAAGGGUGAAGUUGAAUAUAACGUAAAAACAGACAAAGUUCAUAUUUUAGGCUUAGAAGAUCAUGGGUCUGUUGAAGAGAGUAAUGUUGGCAAUAGAAACAGGUUACAAAUGUCUCGUGAAACCCUUCAUAAUGCUGGUGUAUCAGCGAAUAAAACUCGUGAAACUAAAGAGAGUCGUGUGGACGACGUGAUUCGUGUUUCCCACGAGAAUCGUGGAUCUAACGUGGGACGAGUUGCUAAUGAGUAUCGUGUUGUUGAAGAAUGGAAGUCUUCUUUAGAGUUUCAUGAAAACAGAAAGAAGGAAGUCUAUUGCUCCACUACGUACAGGGAGGUUACAGCCAAUCAACUUCUCUUCCAAGGAGACAGCCGCAAUGACGUCACGUAGUAUGGCGUCACAUGACAACCGUUCAAGAAACAUGAUGCCCAGUGAUUCAGUGAGAAAUUAUACCAACAUGGGUUACAGUCAAUAUGGCGAUGAUGUGUCUAGUGUUGAUCAUCAACAACCUGUUGUUGUUGUGAGAACAUUUAAUCAUCCAGGAAAGUCGUACUAUUGCAGGUCAGCAAUUCUAUUACAGACAAAGGAGAUCAUUGCCAAGAAAUCACUCAAGACUGAACUACAAAAAAUCUUUUCAAUCUUCGACGACUCGCAGACGAAAACCCUUUACCAUCUGCCUGGACAAUAAACCUUCGAAAUUCUCCGUCAAGACAUGAAAAUUAUGAAGAUGUUCACUCUUAUUACUUACCAACUAGAAGAAAAGCCAAAUAUCAAGGUUCAACUCGUACACGAGAUUACAUGAAUCACAAAAUGAAAGUUUGUGAAGCUAAAAGUCAUAGUUCUGGUAAUAGUAAAAGAUACAUAGUUGAAAACCGUCCAAAACUAUCCCAUGCUAAAAAUGCUAAAACCUCGACUUAUUACAAGACCUCUGUUCGAUCGCAACUCAGCUCACAUUCGGAUGCAUCAGAAGUAGAUUAUGAAUCGUCCC